AAUAAUCCAAGAACAGCGAAAAGGAAGGGAAGAAAAUGAAAACGAAAAAGAAAAAGUGGGAGGAGAAAUAAAGAAGGAUUUGUGCGUGCUGUGUGCGAAGUGUGAUGGAUAUCAACAAACAGAGCGUUGAUAAUGAUGAUAUAUUUAUCUUAAUGGAACGCAAAGAGAAGGAAGAGAAGCAAAUGAAGGGAAAAGAGAGAGAGAGAGAGAUAGAGAGAGAAAGGAAUUCAGACACUGCAACGUUUGGAAAGGACCGGGCUUCAAAGGUUCUCCUUCUCUCUUUUAAGCGGUGAGGAGGUGAGGGGAGGGGAGGUGGGGUGUGGUGUGGUGCAAAUUCUCAUUCCGGACGAUGACUCUGGUUCGAGGUCGUGUGGGGUGAGGAGGAAGGCUUCCCUGGCUCGAGUGGUCAUCUGGGUCAUCUGGGUCUUCUUCUCCUUCUUCUUCCAAUGAUUUGAUCGAAGUACAGAGAGCCACAGAGAGAGAGAGAGAGAGAGAGAGAGAGAGAGAGAGAGAGAGAGAGAGAGAGAGAGAGAGAGAGGAUAGGAGGGAGGGAGAGGGAGCUUGGAGGCGGUUCGAGCUUGUUAGCUUCCGAAGGAGAAGGACCCGGGUUGAGUGAAAUUUGGAGAGGUCAUGAAUUCGACGUCCACUCAGUUCGUGUCUUCUAGAAGGAUGGGGAUGUACGACCACAUUCACCAAAUGGGAAUGUGGGAUGAGAACUUCAAGCCGAAUGGAAAUCCUAUUGCGCCGGCAGGUCUGAUUGUACCGGUGCACGCGAAUUUGGACAACCAGUCGGAGGAUACUUCUCAUGGAUCAUUGGAUACUCCUGGCAAGUAUGAGCAAGAAACCUCGAGACCUUUUGAUAAGGUGCAAAGACGUCUUGCACAAAACCGUGAGGCUGCGCGCAAAAGCCGUCUGCGGAAAAAGGCUUAUGUUCAGCAGCUAGAAGCAAGUCGUUUGAAGCUUAUGCAGUUAGAACAAGAGGUUGAACGAGCUAGGCAACAGGGUCACUAUGUGGGUGCAGGAAUAGAUGCAGCUUAUCCAGGAUAUGGUGAAUCUUUAAAUUCAGGAAUCGUUGCAUUUGAUAUGAAGUACAGGCACUGGAUUGAGGAACAAAAUAGACAAAUAUGUGAGCUGAGGGCUGCUUUGAAUGCUCAUAGAAGUGACGUAGAGCUUCGCAUCCUCGUGGAAAGUGGCAUGAACCAUUAUUCUGAACUUUUUCGCAUGAAAACAGCUGCAUCAAAGGCCGAUGUUUUCUAUGUGAUGUCUGGAAUGUGGAGAUCGUCGUCGGAGCGAUUCUUCCUGUGGAUUGGGGGAUUUCGUCCUUCAGAACUUCUUAAGGUUCUCAUGCCUCAGCUCGACCCCUUGACGGAACCACAAUUGGCGUUUGUUUACAGCCUCAAGCAAGCUUGUCAACAGGCUGAAGAUGCCCUAAAGCAGGGUCUGGAUAAGCUCCAGCACACUCUGUCCGAGGCCGUGGCCGGUGGUCGACUCGGUGAAGGGAAUUACAUCCCGCAGGUGGCUACCGCGAUGGAGAAAUUGGAAGCUCUGGUCAGCUUUGUGAAUCAGGCAGACCAUCUACGUCAGGAAACGCUGCAGCAAAUGUCCCACCACCUAACGACACGGCAAGCCGCUCGGGGCCUGCUUGCCUUGGGGGAGUACUUCCAACGCCUCCGAGCUUUAAGUACACUCUGGACUACACGUCCCCGCGAACCCGCUUAAUUUCACUUCAUCAAGUCGACAUGGAUAUUUGCAGGAUGAAAUCUCUCGUAGAGCCAUAAUAAGCAAAGCCAAAGGUGCCGUUUUGUAUGUCAGCUAUAGACAUCAUGUGGAAAGUUUCUAGUGCCGAUCAUUUUUUCUUGGCGGCGUCUGAAAAAUGAAGUUGUAAAUACCAACAUUUAUCUUGGAGUUGUAAUCUCUACCUUCUUUCGGGCGUGCUGUAGUCGAUGUUUCGGGUAGUUCUCGAGUUUAGGUUUACGACAGUUGCUUUGUGAACCGAGUUAUUCUGUACUUGAUAAGUUUGACAGAACAUAGUUGUGUAUAGAGGAGUUGUGCUGUGAAUUUUUGCGCUGCUUAUUGAUCGCUCUGUAAGUAA